AGUUUAAAUCUUUAAUUAUAUCUUACCAACUUGCUUUACAGAAAAGUCAUACACCCACACACUCCCAUUAGCAGUAUGGAAGUACUCCUCUUAUACCAUCCUCCCAAGUAUUCAAUCUUGAAUAACUUGACAGGUAAAAAUAAUGUCUCAUUUCUAUUUAUGAGUAUUGAUCACAUUGAAUAUUUCCCCUUAUUUGCCAUAUUGACCAACUGUUGAUUACUGGCAUGCAGAUUAUCCACUAUACAGUGUCAAAUUGCCAAGUACACUUUUUCUGGUCUUUCUUUAAACUUUUAAUCAUCUUUAUUCCACCAUCAGUUACCACAUAGCCAGGUAAUUGAGCUACUUUUUUAUAUUAAUAUAUGCCAAACUGAAUUGGGACCAUACAUCUACCCCAGACAAAUGAUGUGGCAUUCUUCACUCUUUUAAAAUAAUCGAAUCAUUGCUCUCUUCUCUCAUUAUAAGCAUGAUCAUGAGUAGAUGCAUUAGUUGAGGGAGAAAAAAGAUUUAUUUAAUCCUAUUUCAGAAAGAGAGGAAACAGUUGAAAAAUCUGUUAUUGGAAUUCAGAAUCAGAGUGUAUUCAACUCUAAUAAAAUGGGAUGCUUAAGGCAAGCAGGGUCUCUCUGAACCACCCACUGAAAUAGUCCAGGCACCUGCCUUCCAGCUUCAUGUGGUCCUGCGUUGCGUAGAAAAGACGCUCCUCAGUCCUGCAGAGAGAUUUCGUUGCACUAAUCACUGCCUUCUCAGAUCAUUUCCGGCUCUGAGGUCAGACCAGCUCACUGACCUCCAGCAAAUGGAUAAAGACAAGCGCCAUUCUCAGGGUACAUUCACCAGCGACUACACCAAGUACCUGGAUGCCUUACGUGCCCAGGAAUUCGUACAGUGGCUGAUGAACAACAAGAGGAACAAGAGUAACAUUGCCAAACGUCAUGAUGAAUUUGAGAGACAUGCUGAAGGGACCUUUACCAGUGAUGUCAGUUCUUACUUGGAAGGCCAAGCUGCCAAGGAAUUCAUUGCUUGGCUGGUGAAAGGCCGAGGAAGGCGGGAUUUCCCAGAAGAGGUCGCCAUUGUUGAAGAACUCCGUCGUAGGCACGCCGAUGGCUCUUUCUCUGAUGAGAUGAACACAGUUCUUGACAAUCUUGCCACCAGGGACUUUAUAAACUGGUUGCUUCAGACCAAAAUUACUGAGAGGAAGUAAGUAUGUCAGUGUUCAAGAUCAUCUUCACAUUACCUGCCAGCUGCAUGGGAUGUUGGACAUUUUAAGCUCUGUAGAUUUAGGAAGUGUAUUCUGAAACCAUAUUGCUUUGCAUGCCAUUAAAGGAAUACUCACUUAAUAUUGUGUAGCCAAAUAUUGUAAAAGGAAUAAACGAUAUCAAAAUAUUCCUCCAAUAAGAGCCUUAAUAUAUGAAAGUUCAGAAUUCUCUUUAUUUUCUUCUUAUUUUGGGGUACCCUAACCUGCUUACAUUUAGCAAUGAAAUCACUUUUCUAUGAUAUAGUUUGUACACAUAAAUUUUUCCAAUCACAACCUCUCUGCAUUAUGAGGGAAGGACUAGAAGCCACACUGGUGAAACUGCUAAGUGAAUUUUGUUCUUGAAACUUUUGUCACAAAAAUACUCAGCUUUCAGUAUAUCAAAGAUAGACUUAAAUAAAAUUCUCAAGCUUCUUUA